AUGUCGCGUGUGUACGUGGGAAAUUUGGACCCGCGAGUUACUGAGCGUGAACUUGAGGAUGAGUUUCAUACCUAUGGAGUUAUCAGGAGUGUUUGGGUUGCUCGUAGACCACCUGGCUACGCUUUUCUUGAUUUCGAUGAUCCUAGGGAUGCUCAUGAUGCCAUCCGUGCAUUAGAUGGCAAGAAUGGCUGGAGGGUAGAACAUGCUAUGAGUGCGGUGAGCCAGGCCACUUUGCACGUGAAUGUCGUAACCGUGGUGGGACUGGAAGGCGUCGCAGCAGGAGUCGGAGUCGCAGUCCAAGAUACAGAAGGAGCCCGAGCUAUGGACGGAGAAAUGGGCUGA